CCAGCGGUGCUGGCUCACUUGUCCUGCUCUUGGUCUCCGUCAUGGCGCCCUCCUUGCUGCUCCCUGGGACCCUCUCCCUGCUCGCCCUCUGCACAGCGCUCCUGGCCGCCCCAAUGGAGCCCUACGACUUCUUGUACGACAGCGGGGUGGAGGCGUAUCACCGCAACGACUGGCCGUCCGUCAUCCUGUCCAUGGAGAAGGCACUGCGGAACCGGGAGCUCCUCCGCCGCCACCGGAUCAGCUGCAGGACGCACUGCGCCAACCAGAGCGACUUCACCGGCCAGCCCCCCAGCUGGGGACCCGUGCAGGACCUCUCCUUCUUCCGCACUGUGCUAGCCAGGGCUGAGUGCCUGAAACAGUGCGAGCUGGAGAAAUUGGGGGGCCCCACCAGCAUGUUCCUGGCAGCAGAGGAGAUGGAGCAGGAAUUUAAGAAGAGGACCCCCUACAAUUACCUCCAAGUGGCCUAUUUCAAGAUCCACAAGAUUGACAAAGCAGUAGCUGCCGCUCACACGUUUUACGUGGUGAAUCCCGAUCACCUGGAAAUGAGACAGAAUUUGGAAUAUUAUAAAAUGAUGGCAGGAGUCAAAGACUCGGACUUCAGAGACCUGGAAGCCAAGCCUCACAUGCAAGAGUUCCGUCUGGGAGUGACCGACUACUCAGACGAGGAGUUCGCCUCUUCUAUUACACAUUUAGAAACCGCCCUGGAGGAAUAUUUUGUAGCCGAUCUUGAGUGCCGGAGCCUCUGCGAAGGAUCGUAUGACUAUGACGGCUAUAAUUAUAUGGAUUACAGCGCAGACUUAUUCCAGAGCAUUACAGAUCACUAUGUACAGGUGAUGAGCUGCAGGCAGGGCUGUGUCUCCGAACUGGCUUCACACCCAGGCCGUGAAAAACCUAUUCCAGAUUUCCUUCCAUCUCACUAUCACUACCUGCAGUUUGCAUAUUACAGCACCGAGAACUACACACAAGCUAUUGCAUGUGCAAAAACGUACCUUCUGUUCUACCCAGAAGAUGAGGUUAUGAAUCAGAAUAUGGCUUAUUACUCUGUGGUUCUAGGGGAGAAAGAUGCAAGUUUAAUUAACGCAAGGGAGGAAAUAAAGAUGUACAUUCAGCGCAGCCUGUUGGAGAAAGAAUUGCUCUACUUUGCUUAUGAAAACUUUGGAAUUGCAUUUGUUGACCCAGAUGCCUGGACUCCUGAAAAUAUAAUGCCCAAAAGACUACGAGAAAAACAAAAGGUAGAGCGUGAGACAGCAGCUAGAAUAUCUGAAGAAAUUGGGAAUUUAAUGAAAGAGAUUGAGACUUUAGUGGAAGAGAAAAAUAAAGAAACUUUGGAGUUUGCAAAAUCGACAAUACGAGAAGGUGGUCCAGUUUUGUUUGAUGGGAUCAGUGUGGCCAUGAACUCAAAGACUCUGAAUGGGUCUCAGAGAGUAGUGACAGACGGGGUCAUCUCUGAAGAAGAAUGUCGAGAUCUUUUAAGACUAUCCAACGCUGCUUCAUCUGCUGGUGAUGGCUACCGAGGUACGACGUCUCCUCACACUCCUAAUGAAAAGUUUUAUGGAGUAACCGUAUUGAAAGCCCUUAAGCUGGGGCAAGAACGAAAAGUCCCUUUAAAGAGUGCGUACCUCUACUAUAACGUUACUGAUAAAGUCAGGCGGGUGGUGGAAUCCUACUUUCGCUUGGACACCCCUCUUUACUUCUCCUACUCCCAUUUAGUCUGCCGAAGUGCCAUUGAAGCAAAACAAAAUGAAAGAAAUGACUUAAGUCACCCUGUUCAUGUUGACAACUGCAUUUUAAAUUCUGAGGAGAUGGUUUGCCUAAAGGAGCAUCCAGCUUACACAUUCCGGGAUUACAGUGCUAUAUUAUAUUUAAAUGGGGAUUUUGAAGGUGGAAAUUUUUAUUUUACAGAACUUGAUGCAAAAACAGUGACAGCAGAAGUGCGACCACAGUGUGGACGAAUGGUUGGAUUUUCUUCUGGAGCAGAGAACCCUCAUGGAGUAAGAGCGGUAACCAGAGGUCAGAGAUGUGCUGUUGCCCUAUGGUUCACGCUUGAUCCACGACACAAUGAGAGAGAACGAGUGCAAGCAGAUGACUUGGUAAGAAUGCUCUUCAAUACCGAAGAUGUGUUUUCAGAUAAUGGACAAGAGAAGACAUCCAAGGCCAUUUCUUCUGAAGCUAACACCUCCGAGCAGACUGCCGCAGUGCCUCCUGAUGCCAUACCUCGGGAUGCACAAGAGUCCAAUAUGUUGCAGGAUUCCGAUAGUCCUGUUGAAAUGUUAGGACCUCCAUUGGACUCUGCAAAAACAGAAUUAUAACAUUAACACGGACCUUAUUUGUGUUCUGCAUGCGACCCGCAGACUUUUGCCUUAAGAAUAUCUGUGAAUCAGAGAAAACUUGUUUCCACCAAGAGAGAAAACAGAGAUUGAUAUUUUUGAGAUUGUUUUAAUUUUUUAGUUUUCAAUUUUUUUUCCACUUCGCAAAACAAAAUGUUUCCUAAAACAGAUACCUCUCCACGUCACUUGUUGUAUGUACAUAGUUAUAUGCGGAGCCAAGGCGUUGAAAGCCAAUGAAAACAUUACAUGGGUGCUAUGUACUGUAACUGUGUGCAUUGUGCAGUAGUUUUGUUGUAGACAAAAGUAUCAGUUGUUGUUGGGGUCAGAAGGCAGCACCCUACUAAUUCAUGUAAAUGAAGCCAGUGAAAAAUUGGAAAAUGAUAAAAUAAUUUUUUUUUAUGCAGUGUUCACUUUCAGAAGAAUUCAUUCGUUUUUCAGAAAAGUGGUAUUUUCUGGGAGCAUGCUGUCCACUUUUCGCAACUUCAUUCUAUUCUGGAGAAAAGACGCCUAAAUCUCAAGCUAUUAUUUUCUC